AUAUCUCGCGAGAACAAACGAGAUCCGCCCGUUUUAACACGGGCUGGAAACCCUGUCUUGCCCUCUUCCUCUCGCUGUCCACAAGCAAGAUGCCUGGUGUCACAGUGAAAGACGUCAACCAGCAGGAGUUUGUCCGUGCCCUGUCAGCGUUCCUGAAGAAGUCAGGAAAGCUGAAGGUCCCAGAUUGGGUGGACAUUGUCAAGCUGGCCAAACACAAGGAGCUGGCCCCCAGCGAUGAGAACUGGUUCUACACAAGAGCUGCUUCCACAGUGCGCCACCUGUACCUGCGUGGGGGUGCCGGUGUGGGCUCAAUGACCAAGAUCUAUGGUGGUCGCCAGAGGAACGGUGUGUGCCCUGCCCACUUCAGUGUCGGUUCCAAAAACGUGGCCCGCAAGGUGCUGCAGGCCCUCGAGCUUCUCAAGAUGGUGGAGAAGAACCCCAACGGUGGUCGUAGACUAACCGCCCAGGGAACCAGAGAUCUGGACAGGAUUGCUGGCCAGGUCGCAGCUGCGAAGUUGCCCCCCAAGGCUGCCCCCACAGUUUAAUAAAGGGUUUUUGGAGAAGGUG